CUCGGCCCCCCCACCUCUCUGCUCCUUCCUCCUCUUUACCUUUGCCUGCACAAACCUCCCAGUCCGCAUCCUGGCUGCCGGAGACUCCACAGCAGCGUCAGCGCCAGCGCAGUGCAGCACACCGAGAAAGCAAUCAGACCCCAGCCUGGUGAGUGAAAAUGAUUCCUGUGCUCAUCUGUGUUCUGAUUUCACUCAGCGUAGCGGAGAACGACUUAGACAUCCUCUACCCUGAACUGGAGCACUCCAGAACCAUCUAUGUUGUAGAAAAUGGUCCUCAGCUCUCAGUGGUGGCAGAACAACUGAAGGUCGUGUCGAGGCGAGGAGGGAACGCUACGUUACCAUGCAAGAUCCAGAGAGACCCUUCACUACCACCCAACCGUAAGAUGAGGAUCAAAUGGACCAAACUGACUUCAAACUACCUGAAGGAGGUGGAUGUUUUUGUGGCCAUGGACUUCCACAAGCGGAGUUACGGGUCCUUUCAUGGACGAGUCCACCUACAGGGUUCCUCCCCCAUGGACGCCUCCCUGGUCAUCACAGAAAUCACCUUGGAGGAUUAUGGGAGAUAUAAAUGUGAAGUUAUUGAUGGGCUGGAAGAUGAAGCGGUGGUGGUGUCUCUUAACCUUGAAGGAAUCGUCUUCCCAUACUUCCCUCGUCUGGGUCGUUACAAUCUCAACUAUUACGAUGCGGAGCGCGCGUGUCGUGACCAGGAUGCCAUCGUGGCGUCCUUUGACCAGCUAUAUGAAGCGUGGAAAGACGGCCUGGAUUGGUGCAACGCUGGCUGGCUGAACGAUGGCUCAGUCCAGUACCCCAUCACUACACCCAGAGAACCAUGUGGAGGCAAGGACACAGUACCAGGCAUCCGCAGCUACGGCACCAGAGACAAGGACAAGAACCACUAUGAUGUUUUCUGCUUCACCUCCCACUUCAAAGGUAGGUUCUACUACCUGGUUCAACCAUCCAAGUUGACCUACAAUGAGGCAGUCAGUGCAUGUCAAAAAGAUGGGGCACAAAUUGCCAAAGUUGGCCAGAUGUAUGCCGCCUGGAAGCUGCUUGCCUACGACCGCUGUGAUGCGGGCUGGUUGGCGGACGGCAGUGUUCGUUACCCCAUCUCUCAGCCCCGUCGGCGCUGCAGUCCUACAGAAGCCGCUGUUAGGUUCAGUGGUUUCCCUGACAAAAAGCACAAGCUGUAUGGAGUGUACUGUUACAAAGAACAUGAAUAAAGAAACCAGAAUAGACAGAACGACAUUUACAUGUAAACAUUAGCAUGUACACAUAAAUACAUACAAACGAACAAACACACUAUCUGAAGUAGGGAUUUGGAGCAGUCAACCAACACAAUGAAAUUUCCUCACUGUUGUCAUGGAAAUAUUUGAAGACAAUUGUCAUGCAGUCAUAUUUUUAGUUUUUAUUAUGGGAACCAGUACUUCCCUAGAGAUAGUUUAAGCAUAUUUAAGGUUUAUCUUAGUUAGUGAAUAGAAUGCUUCAGGGACAAUGUAUCAUUUUAGACAUUUAAAGGUUAGCAUCAACUGUGUUCCUUUGAUCAAACACACAGGAAUUGUUUAUACAUUGAUUUCACAGAAAAUAAAAUCUAUGAAAAGGUCUACAAGUUAGGUCGUGAACAUCAAACAUGCUCAAUGUUUUCUGGAAUAUAGAACACAUCCCUGCAGCAUUCUUUACGUUUCUUAAAGAAGAAUUAUUGUUUGGGUUUUUUUUGUCAUUGAUGAAUGGACAAGGUUUUUCCGGUAGAAUGUCUCUUGGUUGGACAAAUACUUGGGGCACUUAUCUUGACUAAGAACAGCAAAAUGAAGCCAUCCUACAGCUGAAAGGAGAGAAGACUCUAAACCCUUUCACACAGGCACAGCCAUAAGCACAGUUUGGUUCACAAACCAUCGUUGUUUACAGUAAAUAUCUAGUAUUUCUUGUUUUUCUCUCUGGUAGUUGUUACUCCAUUGGUGUGCAUGUCAAGUUAAGCUCUAGACAAUGUUAUCGUGAUAAAAAAAAAAAAGAGCAAAGCACACCAAUAAAUGUAAAGGAGGCAAAGAAUGUUCAGUGUUCUUGUGCAGGUGCUCCGUACCUUUGACUUGACAAAUUUUAGGAACAUCUGGAGAACAUCUCCCGCUCCAGGUGACAUCGUUGAUGUCGGAUGGUGGAACCUUUGCUCUAGUCUAGAAGGACUAUCACACAUGAUUUCUGCCAAACAACAAAACAAGUCGAGCACAACCGAACCAACGUGUGCUGUCCAUUCUUAACAAGGUGCUCCACCUGGUACUUUGUAUGUCAUCGUAUUUUUCGAUAUUUUAGGUUUUUGUACAAAUGUGUUGGACCAAACAUCAACCUCAUCACUGACAUGAGUAAGAAAAAUGACCAACCAUGUUUGUUUUCUAACUAUGUACAAUGUAAUUAUAAAAAAAUGUACAUCUGUUAAUUACAAUGUUUUAUACGCUGUAUUUACAUUAUUUCUUUUGUUCUUUUUUUAGUUUCCUGGUCAAUCUAUCCAAGUCACUUUUGUUUACAUACAACACAAACAGUGGUAAAAAUAUAUAUAUAUAAUAAUCCACAGUUUAAGAAAAUGUAGCAUUGCACUGAACAUACAGAAAUGAAUAAGUAGAAAAAAGGGGUGUGUCCUAUCUCGCAGUAGAAAAUGCCUUAGCAUGAAUGACAUCAGUAGAGCCUCUUAGAGUCUGUGAACUCUACACGCUUUUUUACAAUAGAGUAAAACUUGGCUGUUUCUCUGUUAGGCUUUAACCUCACAGCAUGACAUGGCUUCAACAAACAGCAAAGCAGCUCUCACAACAUUUACAAAGUCUUAUCUCUCCUGCUCUUAGAUAAACUGCUAUUUUUGAUACAAAGACUUAGUUUCUUAUAGCGAAUGAGCAGAGCCAUGUGUGACCUCACUCCUAAGAAUGCAUCUCUGCAAGUCAAAGACUGGUGUCGAGUCCUUAUUCAGGGUCUGCAGCUAAGAUAAGACUGCACAGACUCCUGGCCAACCAGGGUCUACAACAAUUGCAUCAUCAGCAUAUAACUGAACUUCAACUGCAUUGAAGUCUUGUUCGUUUCCAUUUGUUUGUACUUGUGUUCGAACUGCAUUUGUAGAGGUGAUCGUCCAGAAGCAGCUUGAACGUCCAUCAGUAGAUGCUAGUUCAACCAUCUUGUUUUCCUGUUAGCAAGCAAGCUUAAAUGUCUUGAAAGAAUUAACGCAACAACAAUGGUACAGUAUCUGCUGUCUUCCAGGUCGAGCGUUUGUCAAAUAUUUGGACCUUUGUGUUGCCUCAUUUACGUUAGCAUAUUUUCUUACCAAACUCUUAUCAAACUCUACCGCACCGACAAUACGUAGAGGUCCAAUUUGAUUUUUAACCGACUGUUGUCAUCUUGAAUUAAAAGCUGUAUUCUAAUACAAAUGAGCAAGCAAUGAACUCUUGACCUCUGAGAAAAAAUAAAUUUGUGUGAUUGGUGGAUCCACUAACUUUGUGAGAUGAGGUCUGCUGGGCUGCACAGGUUCUAUCUGUUUGGUUCUCCAUGGUAGACUCUAAUCACCGCAGGUCUUUUAGCCCUGCGCCGUUGACUUUUUAUUUACAUUCACCGUUCAUUGUAAUUUGCAAACGCUGCAGACCCUGAAUCACAACACUGCUUGUAACUUAAUGUGAUGGUAUUGCAAUCCUGAGAGGUACAACUGAGUAAAAUGUAACAACAGACCUGUUUCUCAACAAGGUAUUUGUGAUUUAACGAAUAUGGCUUGGAUUAAAGGACUUGUUUUACUUUGAGAAAACAUUUUUCUUUGUGUUAUUUUUGAAAAAUAUUUUAAGAGGGUCAGUCAAAGUUUUUUCUGCCCCCCUCCACCUCUCUCUUGGUACAUAGAACUAUUGUUGAGAGACCCUAUGUCGAAAUAGCGAUUGCUACACUAGCGCCGUUUUCACACUCAAUCCCGUAUUAGUUAAUACGUCAAACAGUGUCUCUGGAGGACAAUGCAGGACAUAAACAAAACACUUAAGUUCAGUGUCAACAUAAGUCCAAAAAAUAUUCAGUAUAAAACAGACAAAAACAAAUGUAGGGAAGAAAAAAAAACACCCAACAAAAGAACCAAAACACACACACGACAGGUGAAUAAUGACCACAUCAACAAAGACAGGGUGGGGGAGAAACCUAUAUAUACUCAGAGGGACAGGUGUGCAUGAUCAGGCUGAUUGCUAGUGACACAGGUGACAGCAGUGAGUCGUGAGUCUGAUGAUUGCAGGGACCGACAGGAAGAAAAGGCAGAACAAAAUUAAAAGAAAAUUAAAUUUAAGAUCCAUUUAAAUCAAAGUAAAUGUCCCCACCUUAAAACCUUGUUUUUGACCACAACCCUGCGUGUGUGCUAGCAUUUGGCUUAAUCUGUAGUUCCUAUUUGCCCAUGUUGUUGUUGUUCAUCACAAAGAUCUGGGAAUGAGUCCCCAAACACAUAUAUUCUGGGCAAGUCUCCUGGUGAAGUAUGUUUCUGUUGCCCCUUGUGAAGAACUUUGACACGUAUGAGCAGGUCAUUUGCCGUGUGCUGAGAUCACUAAUGGGACCAAGCCAUGAGCCUUGAGCUAGCAUGCUUUUCCUGGCAGUGACUUACUCUGUGAUUGCUAUCUGGAAUGACCAACA